AUGCAGUGGAUUAUAAAAUUCUCACGGUUUUUCUCCGCCGCAAUGUUGGUAAUCUUUCUCUCUCCUUCCCUUCAAUCCUAUCCUCCCGCUGAAGCAAUUCGAUCUUCCUACCAUAUCCCUCACGAUUACCGAUUCUCGUUUCGGAAUUCACCUUCUUUUUAUAAUGCUGAUGAAUGUGAUUCGGUUUCAGAUGAAAUCAGUGUUUGUGACCCUAGUUUGGUUCAUGUUGCGAUAACCUUAGAUAUUGACUACCUACGCGGUUCAAUCGCGGCGGUUCAUUCGAUUCUGCGUCACGCUUUUUGUCCGGAGAGUAUUUUCUUUCACUUCCUUGUGACAGACACGAAUCUGGAGGCGUUGGUUCAGUCGACUUUCCCGCAGUUGAAAUUCAAGGUUUAUUACUUCGAUCCGAGUGUUGUUAAGAAUUUGAUUUCGAGUUCGGUGAGGCAAGCGUUGGAGCAACCGUUGAAUUACGCGAGGAAUUAUCUGGCGGAUCUGUUGGAGAGUUGUGUGAGGAGAGUGAUUUAUUUGGAUUCAGAUCUUGUUGUUGUGGAUGAUGUUGCGAAGUUGUGGAGUACUGAUUUGGGGGUGAAAACAAUUGGGGCGCCGGAGUAUUGUCAUGCGAACUUCACCAAGUAUUUUACGGCGGGGUUUUGGGCGGAGCCGGCUUUUGCGGCGACGUUUGAGAGGAGGAAGGUUUGUUACUUUAAUACUGGAGUGAUGGUUAUGGAUCUGGUGCGGUGGAGGAAAGAAGGGUACACGAAGAAGAUAGAAAAAUGGAUGGAGAUUCAGAAGAGUGAAAGGAUCUAUGAGCUUGGUUCUCUGCCACCGUUUUUGCUGGUUUUUGCAGGACACGUGGCGGGGAUUGAACACCGGUGGAAUCAACACGGUUUGGGUGGUGAUAAUGUGAAGGGUAGUUGCAGAGAUUUGCAUGCUGGUCCUGUUAGUUUGCUGCAUUGGUCUGGGAGUGGUAAACCAUGGAUUCGGCUUGAUUCUAGAAACCCUUGUCCUCUUGAUGCUCUUUGGGCACCGUUCGAUUUGUAUGGAUAUGGACACGGACAUGGACACAUUCAUGAAUCAUCGUAG